AUUAAUUGAGUUUAAGCAGACUGUGUAUGUCACAAGUAAAAACAACCAGACAUAAUUAACGAAGUGAACUGUAAUACAGUGUGUGUAAAGUUUCCCUCGUGCCUGCUACAUUUGAUACCAGUGGGCAGCGCGCGCACAGACGCAUUGGAUAUCAUGUCAAUUCACUGUAACUCUCCGACUCUGCUGCCAUGAAACGUUUUUUAACAACACUACGCGUUUUAUGCGGGUUUUCCGAAGUACUGUCGCGUUAGUCUGUGAAAUAUCUACCAGCGGACUGGGAGAGAAGCAGUCGCUGACGGGUUAGAAGACGUAAAAUUCAUGGUUAUGGACAGGGAGACUUGUUGCAUGUGGUGACAGCGGUGAUACAUAAGGUCCACGCAGGAGGGAUUGGGCUAACCUUAACGCCUGUUGCUACUGCUGUGUAUGUGUGAGGUGGAGGCAGAAGAAGGAAAAGGGAGUGUGGUUUGAGAGGACUGAAAGCCGUCUAGGUCCAGGUCUAUGGAAAUGCAGGAUCUAGCCAGUCCUCACAGCCGAGUAAGUGGAAGCAGUGAAUCUCCUAAUGGUCCCAACCUCGACAACUCCCACAUCAAUAACAAUUCCAUGACACCCAAUGGCACUGAAGGUGAUAACAUCACAAUGCUUACCACUGCAGACUGGUUGUUAGGUUCUAACUCACAGUCCGCUGCAGUUAAAACCGAGCCAAUGAGCAGCAGCGAAAUCGCCACCUCCGUAGCAGACACCUCUCUAGACAGCUUCUCAGGAUCAGCUAUUGGAACCAGUGGCUUCAGCCCAAGACAAACUCACCAGUUCUCUCCACAGAUUUACCCUUCCAACAGAACAUAUCCACAUAUUCUUCCUACCCCUUCAUCCCAAAAUAUGGCUGCGUAUGGGCAGACGCAGUACACCACAGGAAUGCAGCAGGCCGCAGCUUAUGCUAGCUACCCCCAGCCUGGCCAGCCCUAUGGCAUUCCAGCCUAUGGUCCAUUGUGGGCAGGCAUAAAGACAGAGGGGGGUCUGAGCCAGUCCCAAUCCCCGGGACAGACGGGCUUCCUAAGCUACAGCUCUGGCUUCACCACGCCGCAGACAGGACAGGCGCCCUACAGCUACCAGAUGCAGGGUGGUACUUUCACGACAACGUCAGGAUUGUAUGCAGGAAACAACUCCCUGACAAACUCAACUGGUUUCAAUACCGCACAACAGGAGUACCCCAGUUAUCCAACCUUUGGACAGGGCCAGUAUGCUCAGUAUUACAACAGCUCACCCUACACUUCACCCUACAUGACAAGUAACAACACCAGUCCCAGCACGCCCUCCACCACCACCACCUACACCCUCCAGGAGCCACCUGCUGGCAUCACCAGCCAGGCCCUCACAGAAAACCCUGCAGCAGAGUACAGUACCAUCCACAGUCCAUCAACCCCCAUUAAAGAUUCAGAUUCGGAUCGAUUGCGCCGGGCCUCAGAUGGAAAGUCACGUGGCCGGGGAAGAAGGAACAACAACCCAUCACCGCCGCCCGACUCCGACCUUGAGCGAGUUUUCAUCUGGGACCUGGAUGAAACAAUCAUCGUUUUCCAUUCCUUGCUCACGGGUUCUUAUGCCAACAGAUAUGGACGGGACCCCCCGACAUCUGUAUCAUUAGGCCUGAGGAUGGAAGAAAUGAUCUUCAACUUGGCCGACACACACCUAUUCUUUAACGACUUAGAGGAAUGUGACCAGGUACAUAUUGACGAUGUGUCCUCCGAUGACAACGGCCAGGACCUAAGUACGUAUAACUUCAGCGCUGAUGGUUUCCACGCAGCAGCGACCAGUGCCAACCUAUGUCUGGCCACAGGUGUGAGGGGGGGAGUGGACUGGAUGAGAAAGUUGGCCUUCCGCUACAGACGAGUAAAAGAAAUCUACACCACCUACAAAAAUAACGUCGGAGGUCUGCUGGGCCCAGCCAAAAGGGAAGCCUGGUUGCAAUUGCGAGCAGAAAUUGAAGCCUUGACGGACUCCUGGUUAACACUGGCACUGAAAGCACUAACAUUAAUCCACUCAAGGUCAAACUGUGUGAAUAUCCUGGUGACCACCACGCAGCUAAUCCCUGCCCUGGCUAAGGUCCUGCUCUACGGCCUGGGCAUAGUCUUUCCUAUCGAGAAUAUUUAUAGUGCAACCAAAAUAGGGAAGGAGAGCUGCUUUGAGAGAGUAAUUCAAAGGUUCGGGAGGAAAGUUGUUUACAUUGUUGUUGGCGAUGGUGUGGAAGAGGAGCAAGGCUCAAAAAAGCACAACAUGCCCUUCUGGAGGAUCUCCAGCCAUUCAGACCUCAUGGCCCUCCACCAUGCUCUAGACCUGGAGUACUUGUAGCACUACACUACCACCGUACACCCUGCUCCGCCUCAGCACACCCUGCAACCUUUCACCUCCACCCUCCAGCCCUGUCCCACGCUUGCCACAGACC